CAAAAUCCUUCGUGUUUAGCACUCUUCUCUAUUCUCCUUUUAGAAGCAACCACGUAGGAAGACACCUUGUGAAAUUAAAACCCUGGAGAGCGAAGGCAACGGCAAGCAGGCAAAGAAAAGCGAGAAAUGGAACAAGGCGAGGGUUCUGGUUCAAAGCCAUCUGAUGAAAUUUGGUCCAAACUUGUUCCAUCAAACAACAAAUUUUCAGAUAUUGAAUUGAGGUUAGAUGAGGUGGAGAUAAAUUCAGAGGUUAAAAUCUCUUCAUUCGAAAAGCAACAAUGGUGUAAAAUUACAAGAAAUUCAGAUCUCUCUUCUGCAACAUUACAAAAUAAGAGUUUAAAUGUGAUUUAUGUUGAUGGGACUGAUGUUUCAACUGAAGAUACAAUCAUGAUUCGUUGUGGAAGUGAGAUAAUUCCUGGACAUGUUUCAGAAGGCUAUUUGAGUUACAGAUUCAAAGUGAUGCCAAAGGAUGAGCCUUCCAAGAAGGUGUUAAAGAUUUCUUUAGAUUCAGACCAUGCAAAAUGCAGCAUAUGUUUAAAUAUUUGGCAUGAUGUUGUCACAGUUGCCCCUUGCCUCCACAACUUUUGCAAUGGAUGCUUCUCAGAGUGGUUAAAAAGGUCACAAGCAAAACAUGCAAGUGUUCUUUGUCCCCAUUGUAGAGCAGUUGUACAAUUUGUAGGAAGAAACCACUUCCUCCACAACAUUGAAGAGGAAAUACUCAAAAGUGAUUCUUCUUUAAGGCGAAGUGAUGAAGAACUUGCGGUUUUAAACACCUAUUCACUAAUAAAAUCACCUCUUGUGAUUAACAAUGGAAAGAAGCCUAGAAGAAAGAGGUCACAUUCAGUGUCUGAAGAAGAUAGUAGUAAUAGUGGCACAAAUCUUGCAUGUGCUCAAUGUGGCACAGAAUAUGCAGGAUUUCGAUGCAAUCAAAACACAGUGCAUCUACAAUGUCAUGCAUGUGGAGGAAUGAUGCCUUCAAGAACAGAUAUUAAUAUACCACAACACUGCAUAGGGUGUGAUCGAGCAUUUUGUGGUGCUUAUUGGAAUUCUCAACAAGUUACAAGAAGUGAUUCAUUUCAUAUGUGUGCUUCUGAGACUUUUAAACCAAUUGCAGAACGAAUUAUAACAAGAAUUCCUUUUUUGGCACAUGAAAGGAAUCGACAUGAACAAGAUAUAACUGAAAGAUGUAUAAGACAGAUGGGGAAAACUCUACAGAAUGUUGUCUCAGAAUGGAUUACAAAGUUGAAUAAUCGAGAAAUAGAUCGUACAAGGAUGCCAUUGAAUCACACCGAGAUGAUUACUAGUGGAACACAUGUUUGCAAUGAUUGCUUUGAUAAGCUAGUGUCAUUCCUCUUGUAUUGGUAUCGAGUCAGCAUACCAAAACAUCUUCUACCUGCGGAUGCAGUGCAAAGGGAGGAUUGUUGGUACGGUUACACUUGUCGAACACAACAUCAUAGUGAAGAUCAUGCUCGGUUUUGUUAUCCUCUCCGUUUUCAGUCACUACUACAGCAACCACCUAAUCUCUCCCCAAGGUUUAGGAAAUGGCAGCUGCUCAUUUCAUCGAUUGUGGUGUCUUCUCCGUUUAGAAGCUCGACACUCAGGUCAACCCGUAGUCUGGUCGUCAAAUCUGCUACUACCGUUGCUCCCAAGUACACUUCAUUGAAGCCAUUGGGUGACAGAGUGUUGGUAAAAAUCAAGGCUGCUGAGCAGAAAAGUGCAGGUGGUAUAUUACUCCCAUCCACUGCACAAACAAAGCCUCAAGGUGGUGAAGUUGUUGCAGUUGGAGAAGGCAGGACAAUUGGUCAAAACAAGGUGGAAAUUGGUGUCAAGACUGGUACCCCAGUUGUAUACUCCAAGUAUGCAGGGACUGAAGUUGAGUUUAAUGGAUCCAAUCAUCUCAUACUGAAGGAAGAUGACAUUGUUGGUAUUCUUGAAACAGAAGAUGUUAAGGAUUUGAAACCUCUUAAUGACAGAGUUCUUAUCAAGGUUGAGGAAGCUGAGGAAACGACAGCUGGCGGCUUAUUGCUUACACAAGCAAGCAAAGAAAAACCCUCUAUUGGCACUGUGAUUGCAGUAGGACCUGGUCCUUUAGAUGAAGAAGGAAAAAGAAAAGAGCUUCCAUUGUCUCCAGGAAACACUGUUCUUUACUCAAAAUAUGCAGGGAACGACUUCAAAGGAACAGAUGGCUCUGAGUAUAUUGCUCUUCGUGCUUCUGAUGUCAUGGCUGUUCUUUCAUAGUCAUAAAAAUCCAUGUUCAUGUGAUGCAAAUUCGAAAUAGGAAAACAUAGCAUUGAAGCAAUGUAAUCAUUUCUUGAAAAAUCAACAAUUUUCUGGACCUCCUUUCGUUAAAAAGAUUAU